UAUAUGGGUACAGUACAGUACUGAAAAUCGUUGAGUGUGUGUGCGCGCGAGGUGCGACCUUUCAACAUAUAAAAUAUAUACGUAAACUUUUACUGCCAAUCUGCCUGGUCGAUUUGACUGACGGACGGUUAGGUACGCGUUUAUAAAUGUAUGUGUCCUACGGUGUCAGUGGGUUUUUCUUCAUUUUCUUGCUUCUCUCUCUGGUACGAUCCGAGUCCGAUUAGUCACUCGAGUGCGGAUGAAACCGCGCUAUUUUUCCCGUCAUUCAUCGUUACCGCCGUUUCUUCACGACAGUUUGAAAAGCGCGUUUUCGGGUCGUCUGCUGAAAGAAAAAGUGACUUAAUUCAGGAUGACGUCUGAAAAAAAAGAAAAGUUUCCAUCGACGUUCACGAUUGACAAUUUUAGUUCGACCGCUACACUAGCGAAUAAUGAUCAAAUCAAAGUUCCGAUUGGGGAUAGUAUACCGGAAAAGGAUCCCGGGGGAGAGUACGACCCUUAUGAGCACAGGGACCUUGAUCAUCCUAACACAUUUACUGGUGCCCUUACACAUCUCUUAAAAAGUUCAUUGGGAACAGGAAUCUUGGCCAUACCGAGAGCAUUUAAAAGUGCCGGACUAUUGGUGGGACUUUUUGGGACAAUUAUUAUUGGACUUUUAUGUACUCAUACCAUUCAUAUUUUGGUUCGAGCAUCACACAAAGUAUGCAAAAAAUCGAAGAUUCCCAGCUUGGGAUUUGCCGAUACUGCAGAGGAGGUAUUUCGAAAUGGACCGAAACCGCUACGACCAUGGGCAAGAUUUGCAAAGAACUUCGUGGAAAUCGCCCUCGUCUUAACCUACUAUUGCGGGAAUGCCGUCUACAUAGUGUUUAUUACUGUGUCAAUGACAAAAUUAUUUUCGUACUACUUCCCUGAAACAGAAACCUGGGACCAAUACUUCAAACUGAUGAUCCUCGUACCGUUAAUCAUCUGCUGCCAAGUACGCGAACUGAAGCACUUGGUGCCAUUUUCAUUUAUCGCCAACAGCAUGAUGGUCAUCGCAUUCGGAAUCACCCUCUAUUACAUCUUCAACGGGAUUAGCGAGGUCAAACUCUCAGAGAGAAGUUUGACUACAGGACUAGAAGGUAUUCCAUCGUUCUUCAGCACGGUACUAUUCGCCAUGGAAGGUAUCGGAACCAUAAUGCCAGUAGAGAACUCCAUGACGAAACCGACUUUCCUCGGUUGUCCUGGUGUACUAAACUCAGCGAUGUCGGUGGUGGUCUGUCUGUACACAGCCAUUGGGUUCUUUGGCUACUACAAGUUUGGUGAUCUCACCGAGGCCACCAUCACAAAGAACUUACCGUCGAACGAGAUACCAGCUCAGAUAGUCCAAGCGAGCAUAUCGAUAGCGGUAUUCUUCACGUUCAUGCUGCAGUUCUACGUGCCACUUGAGAUCACCUGGAACCGGAUUAAGGACCGAAUUCCCGAAAACCGUCACAACAUUUCACAGAUUCUUCUCAGGACCGGGCUCGUCAUGUUUAUUACUGGUAUCGCUGCUGCAGGUGGUGAACAUUUAGGUUCCCUAAUCGACUUUGUAGGAGCAAUUUUCUUCUCGACCCUCGGACUCUUCGUGCCCGCAUUAAUCGAGAUCAUCGUCGACUGGGACGAAGGUUGGGGAAGGUUCCAUUGGAGGUUAAUCAAGGACAUCCUGAUCAUGAUCCUGGCCAUGUUCGGUCUUGUAUCGGGAAGCUAUUACGCCACAUUGGAAAUGAAGUGAUGAUCCUUUAUCAGGGAGCAACCAGGGAGAUAAUAAUGGACUGUGAUAUUUUUUUAUACAUAGCCAUAAGGGAGGAUGUACAGAGCGGGACUUAGUUAUUAAUUUAAUGUCUGUUUUAAAUUUUUAGUUGUUCGGUUAAACUUGAAAUGACAGUAUUUGAGUGUAGGUAAUUAGGAAAUAAAAAAAAAUUAUUGUGAAACUUUAUUCGGAAUACAAACAAUAUUUAUUGUAGAAAGUCGUCUUGUAGGACCACAAUUACUAACAAUCCUAUAAGGAAUAUUUUAACUAUAUUUGACUUAUACUCGCGUAUAUUUUAUAUAAUUUGAUUAUUCCGUUCUUUUUUUCUAACACGUGGAAGUCGAAAAGAUUGGCCCGCACGAAGUCCAGACUUAGACCCAUUAGAUUUUUUCAUAUACAUGUAUUAAAUCAAUUGUUUAUAAAUAAAACAGCUUUAAUUUAAGUUUUUGGGAAAUUUUGGAAUAAUGUCCAGUUUUUCCUUCAAUUAGUUCAGUUCACUUUGACAACAUUAAUUAUUUUAUUGUUAUAGUCAUGUUUUGUUUACAUUUCUAUAAAUUAUUAAAUACAAAUAUCGAACAUUUUUUUUUACAAAUGCUUAUCUAUAUAUACUGGAUAAAAUUAUAACUCUCUUUGAGUGUGUUUGUGUAAGAUAUAACCUUUAAUUCCAUAUGUAGAUAGUAAAAAUAACAAAUCGCAUUAAUACAGUUUAAUAAGGACUUGAUACAAAUAACAUAUUUCUAACCUAGUUUUAAGUAUUUUCUACAUACAAAGUUUUCAUUGUGAUGUUAAACAUGUCUAAAUUUAAAUAAGCAAGUUAAUGACAAUAAAUAUUGGUUCAAUAUA